AUCAUCCCCGCAUCCCAUCAGGUCCACAGAUGAACUGAGGAUCCCUCUGCUUUCACUCAUCGCGCCGGAGAAAAUCCUGAACCAUGGAGUUUACGAAUUUCCUGCUGUUUGUCGCCCUGAGCGCGUGCACAAUAAACGAAUCUCUGCAGGGCCCAAACCAGCAGAGACUGUACAAGGAACUGAUGUCAGAUUACAACCCGCUCGUCAGACCAGUCCAAAACGAUUCUCAGACGCUCACUGUGAACUUCGGACUCACUCUAAUGCAGAUCAUGGACGUGGAUGAGAAGAACCAAGUUUUGACAACCAACAUUUGGCUACAAAUGUUCUGGAAUGAUUCGUACCUGCAGUGGGAUCCAGAAGAGUAUCCAGGUGUGACCAAUGUGAGAUUUCCCGACCACCUCAUUUGGAAGCCAGACAUCCUGCUGUAUAACAGUGCAGAUGAAAGAUUCGAUGCUACUGUCCGCACCAACAUUUUGGUGAACCAUUCAGGCGGGUGCUCCUAUAUACCACCAGGCAUCUUAAAGAGCACCUGCUACAUCGAUGUGCGCUGGUUUCCCUUUGAUGAGCAGAGAUGUGAUCUGAAGUUUGGUUCCUGGACAUACGGGGGCUGGUCUCUAGAUCUAAAGCUAGUGGAGGCUGAUAUUAGCAACUACAUCUCUAAUGGAGAGUGGGAUCUUGUCGAGGUUCCAGGUCAGAGGAACGAGCGCAAAUAUGAUUGCUGUGAGGAGCCUUACCCUGACAUCACCUUCACUGUGGUGAUGAGGAGACGGACCCUCUACUACGGCCUCAACCUCCUUAUCCCCUGUGUGCUGAUCUCCAUUCUGGCUCUGCUCGUCUUUCUGCUGCCAGCUGACUCUGGGGAGAAGAUCUCUCUAGGCAUCACUGUCCUGCUCUCCCUGACUGUCUUCAUGCUGCUGGUUGCAGAGAUUAUGCCUCCCACAUCAGACUCGGUGCCUCUAAUAGCUGAGUACUUUGCCACCACCAUGGUGAUUGUUGGUCUCUCAGUAAUUGCUACAGUUAUGGUCUUACAGUAUCACCACCAUGACCCUGAUGGGGGAAAGAUGCCAAAGUGGACUCGUGUGUUCCUGCUGAACUGGUGCGCCUGGUUCCUGCGUAUGAAGCGUCCAGGUGAGGAGCGAGUGCGUCCAGCCUGUCACAACAAGGCACCACGGAGCAGCCUGACCAGCAUGGAGCUCAACGCCAGCGCCUCAGCCUCUCAGUCCACCAAUGGUAACAUGCUCUACGUCGGGGUACGAGGUCUGGAGAACAUUCCCUACUCCACAGCCACCACCUCGCCCGACUCUGGGGUCCUCUGUGGACGGCUGGUGGCUCGAGCAGGUGAGGAAGAGAUGCUUCUCCCCACAGCUCAUGCCUCCUCGGUGGGCAGCCUGGAACCAGAGCUGGCCAAGAUCCUGGAUGAGGUGCGCUUCAUUGCCAAACGCUUCCGGGACCAAGAUGAGGAUGAGUCGGUGUGCAACGAGUGGAAAUUUGCUGCAUCUGUUAUUGACAGGCUUUGUCUGAUGGCUUUCUCACUCUUUACUAUCCUCUGCACCAUUGGGAUCCUUAUGUCAGCACCCAACUUUGUUGAGGCCAUUUCCAAAGAUUUUUUCAACUGAAGACCUUAUCAAGAAAAAAAAAGGUUUAAAAAAAUUAAAUAUUCUUAUCCUUUCUUUACUAAAUUUAACUGUUUGUGAACAUGCGGGCCAGUUAUUUGGACACAGUUCAGUCUUCAGGUAUGGGACUUCUGUGUUACCAAAAUUUUAAUCAGUAAAAGUUCACCUUGUAAAGUUGUUGAAAUGAGAAACUUUUGUAUUAAACAACAUAGUGGGAUAUUAGAGGAAACACCUAGAAAUACUAAAGUCUAAAAUGAAUGAUAACUAAUACUUAAUACAGCAUUUUUUUAAAGUGACUUAACCUCAUCUAUACAGAAUGCUAAUGUGGUUUGUUAUGUGAUGUUGGAAGUGUAUUAAUGUUCAUUACAAUCUACAUUUAUUGCAUAUACAAACAUACAUUAAAAGCUGCAGUGUUUUGUACUGAAAUGUAUUUGCUGUAUCGCAUGAAUUCUCAUUAUACGUCACCCACCUAUAAGAACAAAUUCUAUUGAUUUAGUCAUAACCCUACACCUCACUUUAACUCAAGUUCUCAUCAGUUCUCAUCAGACUUGUUAAUUGUUUCUCACUUUUAUUGUGACAUAAUGUGAUAAUCAAACAAUCACUGUGCAGUCAUUAUGAUUUCAAAUAUUCUUGAACUUAAAUGUAUGAUUUUGUUAAUGUCCCAUAACAUUUGUUGUACAAAUAAAUGUAUUUUUCAACGUGU